AUGCGAGCGAAUUAUGAAUUGGAUGUGUCGUCCUCCAAAAAGGCUUUCCUAAAUCUCUUUGGCAACGGCGAUGAUGCCAUGGAAAAGGAAUUUGAGACCGAGAGCGAGGAAGAGGAGGAAGCCGAAGCUGGCUACCUCACGAUCAAUACUAUCAACUUCCAGUGCGCUGAGUGCGAGUUCCACACAAGGUUCCCCAAUCACAUGAAGGAACACAUGCUGAAGGAGCAAGGCCAACAGCGUGCCCGCAUAUACAGCUGUCCCAUGAGUACCAAGACCUUUGGAGUGCUAAAGACCAUAUAGGAUCAUGUGCGGGACGUCCAUUCCCCCAUUUUAAUAAGCGAGUCCGAGGCCAAGACUAAAGCAAAGGAUAACAAGGGAAAGCCGAAGGAAUCGGAAGCCGAUCCAAAGCCAAAGGAGCCAAAGGCGCAGACUAAGAAGCCAAAGGUGCCUGAGACUCAAACGCAGAAACAAAAGCCAAAGGAAGUAAAGCCGAAGUACAAAAUGCCAGAAGCGGUAACGGAGAGCAAGUCUAAGCAGAAACCAACUGAGGUGGAGAUAAAAAAGGAAAAAGUAGUAAGCCAGGAGAAGUCAGAUGACACCCAGGAUCCCAAAGUCACCCUCCUUAAGCCCAAGGACAUGUCAAUAGAGUCAGAAGAAAAAACAGUGCUCAGCCAAGAGAAAGCAGUUGACACCCCGGGGCCAGGCUCGAACCAGGCUCUUCAUAGCGAUGGUGCCGAGGUGGGCAAGUCCAGCAAGCGAAAGAUACUGCAAGAAGAGGAUGAGGAAGUUGAUAUUGAGGUCGAUCAGUCUACGGUUGGUGGGCUCAUGUCCGCUCCGCUCUUGCCCGUUAAGAAGGCAAAGAAAGGCAAAGCAAGCCCCCUAGAUGUUUCUGGGGUCACCAAAAAUGGUGAAUCUCCCGCCAAGCGCAAAAAGGAAGUCAAAUCCGAGGACACAGACUCCAUUUCUGAUGUGUCUCAACUGGAAGAAAAAAACCACAAUGUGAAGCCGCACAAAAAGGCCCAGCUGGAGUCCGUUGGCGACUCCACUACCGACGAAUCCGUUUGGGCUGGUCCUUGCGGGGUUUUGAUUCUAGUCGGCUGCGUUGUCCGCCGGUCCUGGCUGGUGUUGAAGGCAAAGAAAGGCAAAACAAGCCCCAUAGGUGUUUCUGGGGUCACCACAAAUGGUGAAUACCCCGCCAAGCGCAAAAAGCAAGUCAAACACACACGGAACACAUCCUCCAUUUCUGAUGUGUUCCAACUGGAAGAAAUAAACCACAAUGUGAAGCCACACAAAAAGGCCCGUCUUGAGCCCGUUGGCGACUCCACUACCGACGAGUCCGUACUCAGCUGCGACCAGUGCGGGAAGUCCGUCGGCUCGCGCCAACGACUGGACUCGCACAUUCAGAAGAAGCACAUCUCCCAGUUGAAGUGCCCAAAGUGCCAGGAUGUCUUCAUCAAACAGCCACUUCACGGAAUAACCCUCGAUCAAGUCUUCAGCAUUACAUCUGAUAAUGGAAAAAACAUGAUAAAAGCCAUUCAAAUUUUAAAUGACGAUUCGGAGACUCUUUCUGACGAUGACACACGCGAUGACAUUAACGAUGAAAAUGUGAUGGAAAAACUCGAGUGCUCCGCACUCGCUUCAAUUGUGCGUAUUCGACAACAACAAGCUAGAUGAGAACAGCAUUAAAGUUUCAUCAUGUCGCAAAAUUUGUAAAUUAUUGCGUACAGAAACGAAUACUUUUUAUUUAAGGUGCAUUCCCCAACACAAAGUGCGCCAUCAUGGGAGGUUGAUAUCCAAGACCGGAAGAAGGAGCUAACAUCCGACGGUGAUAAAUGUGCUAACAAAGAGGAGUCUCUGUGUUCCGCCUAUUUGGAGGGCGUACAGACAAUAUCCGAAAUUAAAGAAGAGCCUGCAUCUAAAAAACUGAUCCAAAUCUAUGCUGACAUAGAAAAUUUCGACCUUAUGCAUGGACGUUUGCCACUAAAUACGAACAUUUUGCAGUUUUUUACCGAUAUAAAGCUGCAGUCGCCACACCUGAAUGCGCCCGCACACGUUGUACUGGCUACACCGGAGACUCAGGUGUCUGUUGAGAGGUUGUGUUAGAGUGCAGACCACAAAACAAAAAACGGUUAAGUGUUAUUUGCGAGCUAUGCUUAAUACCGAAUAAUGAAAAUCUGGCUUCAGUCUAUAAUCCCACAAUUCGGUAUUUUAGGAAUUUUUCGAUAGGCAAGGCAUUUUUAUUGGUGAAUGGGCACUCCAUUCGACCUGCUUCCAUCUGCGCAAUCGGAAUCGAAUCUCUCCCGUGGCAAGCCGUUCCAUUCUGAACGUGAAUUCAGAGGAACUUGUUCUGUCCCACAACUACAAUGGGAGCCAGAACAAGAAGAAGCUGAAAGUGUGCCCAAAUUUCGUCCGCGCCUUAUUAAAUGCAAUCGCUCUGAUGGAGCCCUCGGAGCCCCCCGAAAAGGCGCUGCAGAAGGCAAUGCGGUGCGUAAAGAAUUUUUGCUGCACUAAAAAGAAGGCAACGCAGACACCAGAUGCUGGCGAGGAGGUGACAACGACUCCGUUAGAAAUACAUCUAAUCAAAAUCCGAAACAACAAGGAUUUCAAACACAAUGCCUUUUGGAAACUUAGCCAAAUAAAAAAUAG